CUCGACUCUUGUUGGUGAGUGUGUGACGGCGGAAGGAUGUGGUCCCUCAGCUGGAGGCUCCGAAAUGGCUCGGACAGGUAUUUUUGCCUGGUCAUCGUGAUGUGCAGUAGCAACAGUAAAAGGUAGAGGCCUCGCUUCCUUUUGCCCCCUGCCAAUGCUUACGUGUAUAAAUGCCUCGAGGGAAUGCAACAGCGUCGAAGGCCCUGCGGCCAGAGGCCGUGCCCCCCCGCCAGGGCUCGUACAAUGCAGCCAUCGCUGACCAGACCGCCAACCUGGCCAUCCGUGGGCUGCUGCUCUUCUUAAUUGGUGUCUUCCUGGCUCUGGUCCUGAACCUGCUACAGGUUCAGAGGAAUGUCACGCUCUUCCCACCUGAUGGCUUUGCCAGCAUUUUUUCUUCAGCGUGGUGGGUCCCCCCCUGCUGCGGAACUGCUUCAGCUGUGAUCGGUCUCCUGUACCCCUGCAUCGACCGCCUCCUGGGUGAGCCACACAAGUUCAAGCGCGAGUGGUCCAGUGUCAUGCGCUGUGUGGCAGUCUUUGUGGGGAUCAACCAUGCUAGUGCAAAGGUGGAUUUCGCAAACAAUGUCCAGCUGUCGCUCACCCUGGCCGCCCUGUCCAUUGGGCUGUGGUGGACCUUUGACCGUUCCUGUAGCGGGCUUGGCCUGGGCUUUGCCAUUGCCUUCCUGGCCACCCUCACCACUCAGCUGUUGGUUUAUAAUGGACUUUUCCAGUAUACUUCUCCUGACUUUCUCUACGUACGUUCAUGGUUGCCGUGCAUCUUUUUUGCUGGAGUAAUAACCAUGGGAAGUAUAGGACGUCAGCUAGCUAUGUACGAAUACAAAGUUGUUCAAGAGAAGACACAUCAAGAUUGAUAAAGUCAGAAUUAUUACUUGUUUUGUUUCAUUUUUGAACUGGUUUAAAAUACCAAAUUGGGCUAUUGUAUUAACAGUAUACGCAAGGUUCAUCUAAGUAGUGAAGCCGAAAGCUUCACUAUGUGCUCCCGUGCAGCCUGUGAUUGGAGCGUUACAGGACAGAAUGACACGGCCAUCUGUAGUAUUUCUUUUCAAACUUGGCUACAUUGUGCCAAAUUGGCUUUAUCAAGAAAUCUGUCAUAUAUAUUAUGUGGGAAUGCCUUCCUUGUUAGUGUUUGUGUUGUUUGCUCAACGAUAUGUGUGGCUAGCUGAAUAGCUUUCAAGUUAUGGACCUGUUUGGAUCAUUUUACUACUGCAGAAAAGAAAGGCUGUUCUUGUUAAGAUCGUUCAUGUGCUGCAAGCACAUGGCAACAUAUACAGUAUGUCGACAAAAGUGCAGGAAAAUAUUUUCAUGUUUUAGGUUAGAGUAGUAUACAUUAAUUAUUCAGUGGAAUGGUCUUCAGUUACUGUAAAAUAAAUGUCUAUUCCUGUGUAUUUUAUUGAGAGGAGAGUAAGACCUGCUCAUAGUCUGCUGCCUUUUUUGCAGCAUUUUAAGCAUUUGAAGUUUCCUGAAAGGGACAGCCGUAAGUAGUUUUAAGUGCAAUGGUAAGAAACGGUCUGUUUUUGUUUACAAUCACCACCACCGUUGAAGUACCUUGGACUGAAAGGAACCUCACCAGUCACUCUAAGAUAUUUAUCCAGAAGAAGGGGUGGAUUGAGAUAAAGUUGAAGGGAACUUGUUCAAUUAUUUUUAUGUAUUUAAUUUAAGAAUUCUGGAUUGUGGAUUUAUUUUAUUAAAAAUGUCCAAGCCAAGAAAUAACACGUAGCAACCAGUGAAACUGCUUCCUGUUGGUUGUUUUUCUACAGAACUAGUGUAAUCUGGUUCUGAAUGUGUAUGAGAUUUAGAUGUAAUACAGGUGUGUUGUUGGCAGACAUGUAUCAAAACUGUAAAAAGACCCAUCUUAAUCCUGGUUUUCCCUUAAUUUGUUUAAUCAAGCAGAAAGGAGUGUCUGGUAAUUGAACAGGGUGGUUUUCCAUGAUUGUAGAUUUGAAUAUACAGUGUACUGAUUAAAAAUUUUUAUUCCAGAUCA